AAUUUCGUGUUGUGUCAAAAAGCACAGACAAAGAGUGUAAUUAAAUUUUGUAGUUUUUCGUAUUUAUAUAAACUUUUAUUCACUAUGUCGUCCAGAAAAAAGGUUCUGUUGAAAGUAAUUAUACUUGGAGAUAGUGGGGUUGGCAAAACAUCGCUUAUGAAUCAGUUUGUCAACAAGAAGUUUUCCAACCAGUACAAGGCAACAAUAGGCGCAGAUUUUCUCACGAAAGAGGUAAUCGUUGAUGAUAGAAUCGUCACAAUGCAAAUUUGGGAUACUGCAGGCCAGGAACGAUUCCAGUCGCUGGGAGUUGCGUUCUACCGUGGGGCGGAUUGUUGCGUCUUAGUUUUUGACGUAACGGCCCCUAACACGUUCAAGUCCUUGGAGAGUUGGAGGGACGAGUUCCUGAUUCAAGCUUCACCACGUGACCCUGAAAGUUUUCCAUUCGUGAUAUUAGGUAAUAAAGUUGAUCUAGAAAAUCGUGCUGUUUCUGCUAAACGUGCACAACAAUGGUGUCAAAGUAAAAACGACAUACCCUAUUAUGAAACCAGUGCCAAAGAAGCUGUGAAUGUAGAGUUAGCAUUCCAGACCAUAGCUCGCAAUGCGCUCGCCCAGGAGACAGAAGCGGAACUGUACAAUGAUUUCCCUGAUCACAUCAAAUUAAAUGCAAAUGAUAACAGCCGUAACAAGGAUGGAGAUAACUGUGCUUGCUAGGUUCCAUGUAUCAUACUCUAAUGCUGGCACCACACUAGUUUCUCAUUUAUUUUAAAUAUAGCAUUAUAUUGUGUAAGUAAUGAUUAUUUUUUAUCACUAUCAUGUAAAAAUGUAUAGAAGAUAUAAUUACCUGCCACAUUGCUGCAUUGAGUGUUUUGUUUGUUGUGCACAUUUGAAUAUUGCAGAAAUUUGAUGCACUUUAGAAGAUUCUGCUUUCUAAAGCAAGUAAAAUAAUAGCAAAAUGUUCCAUAAAGAAGUACAAUGUGCAUGUCUGGUAAAUUUAUAAUGAAAACAACGUUUUGGCUGUAUGAAAUGGGUGUGGGUUUAGAAAUCAUAAAGUUGCAAAAAUAAUAUUAACUACAGCUUAACUUCAGUCCUCUGUUGUGUGAAACAUGAUUAUAAUCACUGGAUAACAAUGCUUAUAUGCGUCUGGAGAAUGAUGGGUCAACACACUUGUAAUUAUUUACAAAUUAAACAAACUAGAUACCUGAAAUGAUAAAUAUUUUUUAAUGAACAUUUGAAAUAUUUCUAUUCCCAUUUUCAUGAUACAGUGUCCUUGCAUUAUAUGUUAGUUAAUGUUGUUAAAUUAGAAUUAAAAUCAGGUAUUGUAACAAUCUAAUUUUUAUUUCUUUUUUCUGAUUUCAUAAUGUUAUUAACUUUGUUAAAUACACUAUGGCUAAAACAUAGUGAUUAUUUAAAAUUAUACAAUUGAAAGUAGUUUUGAUUAAAUGUAGUAACAUUUUAGUUUAUAAUUUUUCUAUCUAUAAAUAUAAAAAAAGAACUAUAAAGAAAUAUUUAUAUGGAAAAUGUAGAAGAUUAAGUUGCUAACACAUUUUCCUAAUGUUUUGCAAACAAAUAUUAUAUAACACAGUGGUCAUAAAAUAAUCAAGUUAAAAAUACAUUACUAGAAUAAAAUCUAUUUUUGACUAUUUUUGUUAUAAAAAUAUGAUAAUUUGUUCAUUUAUGUAUGGUUCAGUUUAUUUUAAUUGUUGCUAUUUAAACUUCAGUUUCUAGUAUUCAGUUAUCAUGAAUUGAGUUUGACUGCUGUGUUAUAGUUUUUCAAUAAUCCCCAUAAAUUGUAUUGCAGUAAGUUUACGGUGACGUUUAUGUGUUUGCAUAAACUUUGUUAUACCUAAAUGUUUUUGUAUAUAUUUGGAUUUUAAAACAUUAGUUAUAAGUAGAUAAUUAUAACACUCAUCAUGUUCACUAUAUCACAAGAACACCCAUGUGAUAUAGAGAAAUAAAAAUAUAAAGGAAUUGCAUUGAUAUCAUUGAUCAUACAUAUAUUCUAUUUUUGAGUAAUUGUGACACCUGAAUUGGGCAGCCUUUAAAUAUUAAAUCAAAAUUAUUAAGAUGUUAUACUAAAAUUCAACAUACAUCCUGUAUUUGCCAUAUAUUUUCAACAAAUAUUUUUUGUAUUAAUAUUUAAUAGUACUAUAAUAAUUAUAUGUACACAAACACUUGAUGCUUGCCGCUUAGUGAAAAUCAUUGUGACUCAUCAAUUGUAUUCUCAAUUUGUUAUACUACAUUGCAUGCCUAUAAUAUAUCACUAUUAUUAUAAUCUAUUACAAAUUGUAAGUAAUGAUAAGAGCUAGUUAUAAAGGUAACAAAUAUGAUGUAUGCUGUAAUAAUGGUUGCUUUUAAUUUUAUAUUAAUAAAUAAAACCUUG